CGAGUAUGUAAUACACUGUGUCUCUUUCUUCCGGGUUACACACAAGCAUUGAUGUUUACUUAUACGAUCACAAGUUGAAUACCACUGUAUGUACAACAGAAAUGACCAGCCAAAAGAUGCUGCUAAUUUUCAUUAUAUUGCUUCUACAGAUUUCAGAUACCACUGGGAGUGAGUGUUCAGAUGCUGCAGAAUCGAAUAAUAUACCUUAUAUCCGGAUGUGUGAAGACGGCAGCGUGACGUCAGACAAAGUGAUACUGGACACAUACAGAGCCGGGUCAACAGGGGAGACAACUUGUUCGUGUACUGUUAACGCACGGUUAAUCUUUACCAUAUACGCACAACGUUACGGUAAUGGGUUGAACCCAAAUACAUCCAGAUGUGGCAGUGAAGUAGUGGUCAACGAUACAUCUUCAGGCAGAGAAAGAAGCUUUACAUGCAACACAUCUCCGGAACAAAUACUUUAUUCACGACCAAUGACCAUAACAUGGAGUGGUGGGCCUUGUGGAGAUUCAAAGUACUGUCUCAAUAUUAAAGGAUAUCUGAUAUUACCAAAUACCACGUUAACUAUAACAUGUAGUAAGCCAGCAACUCCGACGACACCAGAUUCACCGACAACAACAACAACAACAACAAUCACUACCACGACAACUACACAAGGUGACGUCACAAGUCAUGAACCAGCUACAGACGUUGAAACGGACACAAAAUCCGUAACUCAAACAACUUCAACAAUCAAAACAUCAGCGGUUCGUUGUAGUUGUGAUGAAGAGGGAACCAUACAUUUAUCAGUUCCCGCUUUUGCAACAAUCAUCGUUUUCAUGUGUCUGAUAAUGUUAUAUGCGACGGUCGUCACAAUCCUCUAUGAUAGAAGAUGUUUGUCUUCAAAGAAUCAACAUCAAAAUGAUAAUACAAACGGAACAUCAUCCAACAUUCCAGGAGAUGAAGGUUAUGUAAAUAUGCCGUUACCACCCAGUUCCGACGUACUUCAUGUUUCAGAUACCACUGGAAGUGAAUGUUCAGAUGUUGCAGAAUCGUAUAAUAUACCUUAUAUCCGGAUGUGUGAGGAUGGCAGCGUGACGUCAGACAAAGUGAUACUGGACACACACAGCGCCGGGGCAACAGGGGAGACAACCUGUUCGUGUACUGUUAACGCUACACUUAUCUUUGUCAUAUACAUACAACAUUACGGUAAUGAGUUGAACCCAAGUACAACCGGAUGUGGCAGUGAAGUAGUGGUUAAUGAUACAGUAACAUCCGGAGAAAAAAUUCGAAGCUUUACAUGUAACACAAUUGCGGUACAAAUAAUUUAUUCACGACCAAUGACUAUAACAUGGAGUGGUGGACCAAGUGGAGAUUCAAAGUACUGUCUCAAUAUUACAGGUUUACUUACAUUACCUAAUACCACGUUUACUAUAACAUGUAAUAAGCCAGCAACCCCGACGACACUACAACCAACAACAUCAACAACCCUAACUACCACGACAACUACACAAGGUGACGUCACAAGUCAUGAACCAGCUACAGGCGUUGAAACGGACACAAAAUCCGUAACUCAAACAACUUCAGCAACCAAAACAUCAGCGGUUCGUUGUAAUUGUGAGGAAGACGGAACCGUACAUUUAUCGGUUCCCGCUUUUGCAACAAUCAUCGUUUUCAUGUGUCUGAUAAUGUUAUAUGCGACGGUCGUCACAAUCCUCUAUGAUAGAAGAUAUUUGUCUUUAAAGAAUCAACUUCAAAAUGACAAUGCCAUCGGAACAACACACAGCACUCCAAGAGAUGAAAGUUACGAAAAUAUGCCGUUACCACCCAGUUCAGACAGCACAUAUGAAGGACUCGAAUUAUCUCAUGUUGAUUUGUCUCCAAACACUUACGAGGUACUCGGGAAUUCUGGCACGUGAUCCAAUGCACGAUGACAGUGUAGCUUUAGUUGGUACAUCAACUACAGCUGUUUCUCCAUUUUGUGUUCAGUAACUUUUACCAAUUACUACUUUGUUGAAUCUAACCUGUUUCCAAACGCUUUACCUAUUUUGUUUUAUUCUUUUAAGCUUUUGUACUAAAAUCAGUUGGAAAUAGACAAAAUUGUCAUUAUAAAUGUACUAUGAACUGUUUACUUUGAUGGGUUUUCUACAUAAACAAACUAUUAAAUAGGUGUUUCCUUACUUCAUAUUUCAGGGUGUUUUUUUAGUUUUUUAGUUAACAUGUCAAUAUAGUUUAUGAUCAAGACUAGUCAGUAUAGAAACAUUGAUGAUAGCUUUAUGUUAACUUUAUUAUGAUAGUAAAGUAUAUGUAGAUGAUUAUAUCUAUCAUUUAUGAUUACAAAGUAAAUGUUUCCUUAAUGAAUGGGGCCGUAGGUUACAAAAAUUGUAAAGCAUGAAAACAUAAGGCCCCGUCUGUUGUUGUUAUUGUUGUUGUUGCAAUGUUUGAGUGAUACUUAAAAUAACAACUAUGCAUUUUAAACAUAUAGAGCACCUAAGCUAAUGAGAUCUUUAAUGACAAAUGGUUGAGUGAAAUGCACUUUUUAUAAAUGUAGCAAGCAUGUUUCUUAACACUCGUGUUAAUUGUUUUACAUUUGGAUCUCGUUUUAAGAUAGCAUCAGAGUGUACAUUGACUCUGUGCUUUUACAAGUGCGUCUGUUCCUUUCAAAUAAAAACUAGAGAUCCCUGAGGGAUCUUGGCGCCCA